AUGAAAAGUAUCCCAUAUGCAUCUGCAGUAGGGAGCCUGAUGUAUGCUCAAGUCUGCACCAGACCUAACAUUGCAUUGGCGAUUGGAAUGCUGGGACGAUACCAAAGUAAUCCAGGAUUAGAGCAUUGGAAAGCUGCCAAGAGAGUCAUGAGAUACUUGCAAGGAACCAAGGGUUACAAUUUGACUUUCAGACACACGGAUCGUUUGGAGGUUUUUGGGUAUACAGAUUCAGACUUUGCUGGAUGUGUAGAUAGCAGAAAGUCUACUUCAGGAUAUAUCUUUCUUCUUGCUGGAGGGGCUAUAUAUUGGAAAAGCAGCAAACAGACUAUAGUUGCUACAUCUACUAUGGAGGCGGAGUUCAUUGCAUGCUAUGAAGCCACUACACAGGCAUUGUGA